AUUUCAUAUUUAUGACAGCAGAAAUAAUUUAAACAACAUAAAAAAUAUAUAAUUUUUUGUUUUGUCAAAUAAAAUCAUAUAUGUGUGCUAAAGAAAUAUAAACAAAAAAAGUUAAAGUGCAAAAAACAACAAAUUCCAACAUGUCUGGAAGGAAUUCCAUACAAGUGGCCAUUAAAUUGCGACCACUUUUUCGUAAAGAAAAGGAUCAAAACUGUUGGCGUGUAGUGGAUAAUUCUAUACAAUUGGUUGACUCACAAUCAGAACCAUAUUAUUUUGAUCAUAUUUUCGAUCAGGAUGCCACCAAUCAAAUUAUCUUUGAUAAAAUGGCCAAACAAAUUGUACACUCAGCCAUUCAAGGAUUCAAUGGUACCAUAUUCGCUUAUGGUCAAACCUCUUCGGGAAAAACCUAUACCAUGAUGGGUGAUGAUGACAAUCCCGGUGUUAUGGUUUUGGCAGCCAAGGAAAUCUUUAAAGAAAUCGAAAGAGCUCAAGAUCGUCAAUUUCUUUUGAGAGUUGGUUACAUUGAAAUUUACAAUGAAAAAAUCUAUGAUUUAUUAAAUAAAAAAAAUCAAGAUUUAAAAAUUCAUGAAACCUCAACUGGCAUCGUCAGUGUGAAUUGUGAAGAAUGUAUUAUACGUUCAGAAGAUGAUCUAUUAAAUCAUCUCAAUAAAGGCGGUAAAGAACGUACUGUGGGUGAAACAAAUAUGAAUGAACGUUCCAGUCGAUCUCAUGCCAUAUUUCGUAUUAUAAUUGAAUCCCGUAAAAUGGAUCGCACAGAAGAAGAUGAUGCUGUUAUACAGAGUGUUAUAAAUCUAGUCGAUUUAGCUGGUUCCGAAAGAGCCGAUCAAACGGGAGCCCGGGGCACACGUUUGAAAGAGGGUGGUCAUAUCAAUAAAAGUCUUUUGUUUUUAAGUAAUGUUAUAAAACGUUUAUCGGAAAAUGAGGACGAUAAGUAUGUUAGUUUUCGUGAUUCGAAAUUAACACGCAUACUGCAGGCAUCAUUGGGUGGUAAUGCCUUGACCGCCAUUAUUUGUACUAUAAAACCGAAUGCAGUAGAAGAAACACAUUCUACACUAAAUUUUGCUUUGCGUGCUAAAGCGAUUAAAAAUAAACCUCAAGUUAAUGAAAUUAUUUCCGAUGCUACUAUGAUGAAACGUUUAGAGCAUGAAAUUAAGGUGUUAAAAACUCGUCUCGAGGAAGAACAGCGUAAAAAUGAGAGUCAAAUUAAAGUGCGUCAAUUGGAACAACGUAUUAAAGACGAAGAUUUAAAAAUAAUUUCUUGUAAUUCGUUGCAUUCCAUACGUAAUCGUGAAAAACGUCGUCGCACUUGGUGUCCUUCAUCCACCAAUUUAGAUGCCAGUACAGUAGGUCAACAGCCCUCAGCAUUACCAGUGCCAACAAUUGGUAACCAAUUUGUAACGGGUUUACCACAUACCUCCCGUUUACAAGCCCCAAAAGUUUCUUAUUAUAACACUCCGCUCAUAACAAUGAGACCUCCAACAGAACCUCCGUCCGCUCCCAAAUUUGGAGCUGGUUUACCUUUACCACCAGAAAAUCUACCCGAAAUUGAUGAAGAAUUUGCACCAGCUGAAAUGGUUAAUUUUGAAAUGCUAUCACCUCUACAUACGCCACGCAAUCAGCAACUACAGCGUAAUUUUAGCAUAACACCAAAACUUACCGCCUGUGCUCGUUCAACGCUGGAAAAAGUUGAACAUGAUUUAUUGGAAUUACAAAGUUUUACCAAUUUGGAAAAUAAAGCCGAAGUUCAACAUGAACCCGAUUUGGCUUUAAAACGAAAAGUUGAAACUUUAAGUCAACGCAAUGCUGUGCUGGAAAAUGAAAGACUUGAAUAUUUGCAAUUAAAAGAUGAAAUUGUUAUUACAACAGAAAAUUUAAGUGAAACCCAAAAAAGAUGUGAUGAACUGCAAAUACAAUUGAGUAAAUUAACAAAUUCCAAUAAAGAAGCCAACCAGAAAAUCGCCAAAUAUGAAGCCGAAUUGGCUGAACUAAAGAAGACCAACGAAAAGUUGGAAAUGGAAAAUCGUGAAGCAGUUAAUUUAGAAUUUGAAUUUCAACGUCAUAAGAACAAAUCAAAACUCAGAGAAAACGAACUGCUAGAGGCUCUUGACGAUAAAGAGAAGGAAAUUUGUAAAUUAGAGAAAUCUCUAAAUACGAUCACAGCAGAACGUUUACAAAACUCUAAAGAAGAAUUAUUGCAAAAAUCACAAAUUGAAGGUGAUGCGUCCAAUGUAGAUGGUAAAGUUUGUGUUAAAUGUGAAGAUUUACAAAGACUACUGGAAGAUAAUAAAAAAGUUUCUUUGGAAUUUGAGAAAUUAACUUUGGAAUAUGAGAAACUAAAGUUAAAUUAUGUGGAAAUUGAAAAAGAAAACGACAGCAACAAAUUAAGAAUUGUACAAUUGGAAGAAUUGCAGGAGAAAGAAAAGGCUGAAUGUGAAAAGCUGUUAAAGGACGUGCAACAUUUGCGUGAGAAAUUGCAAAACGUGCAACGAGAUUAUGAACAAUUGAGUAGUGAAAAUUCAUCAAAACAUGACGAAUGUAUGGCCCUAAAUAGACAGGUGGAAGUGGCUAGAGAAGAAAUGGUGGUGCUAGAGGAAAAAUUCACCAAACUCGAAUUGUCUUGGCAAGAACAACAACAAACCAUUAAUGAUAUUGAGAAACAGUAUGCCAGCAUACAAACAAAAUAUGAAGAAUUGCAAAAUCAAUACGAACAGCUAGAGAACACUAAAGGACAAUCGCUAGCCGACUGUCAACGUUUAGAGCAAGAUAAUGUGGAACUACAAACCGAGAUAGAAGAUUUGAAAAAGAAAGUACAAGAUGCCCAGCAAAGAUUACUGGAGAGCAAUGAGAAAUACGAAGAAACCGCUAAAGAGAAUAAGACUGCCAAUGAAGAAUAUACAGCUGAAACCUCUAAGAUACAACAAGAAAAUGAACAGCUUAGAAAGCAAUUGCAGGAAAUACAAACACAAUUUGAAGAUUUACAAAAAGAAUACGAUGACUUAUCCAAUCAAUUAAUGGAUAAUUUACAAGACAGUGAAUCUCUUAAGAAUGAAAACACCAAGUUGCUAGAAAAGCUCCAGGAAUAUGAAGAUAAGAACGAAGAUGUUUGCAGGGCAGAAGCUGAAAUCCAGGAGUUAAAAUCGCAAUUGGAAAAGGUGUUAACAAGCGAAAAGAAAAAUCAACUUAAAACACCCUCGCCAGGACGCAGUUCCUCAAUGCGCAGUUCCGGUGUAUGUGUAGAAGAGGAAGAAGAUUACGAAGAAUAUCCUCAAUCCCAAGAUUUACUCAGGAAAUUCUGUGAACUUUCUGAAUCAUUGACUGAAAUCGAACUCGAACACACAAAAGGUAAAACAAAAGUCUUUAGAUCCGCCUCUAAAAACUCCACACCCAACAGCUAUAAAAUGUAUUUGAAAAAUAUUAUGGGUGUGCGUAAAUCACAAAAAGAAUUCGAUAUGGAAAUCGAAAAUAUACACUUACAAGGUUCCUUUAAACAUCAUUCUUUCCAUAUUGUGGAAUUGAGUGGCGAAGCAGCAGAAGAUAAUGAUGAUAAGUCCUGUGAAAUGGAAUGUGAUACUAGCGUUACAAAUGGUUGUGAAAAUAUGACCGAAUAUAUAGAAAAACUCAAAAAAGAAAUCGUACAGCUGAAAGCCAUCAACGAACAGGAACGUUUAAGCAAUAAAUCUCUAUUGGAAAGUACCGAAAGAGCCUUCAGUGAAAUGCGAGAGCAGAUAACACAACUAUCCGCUGAAUUGUUGGAAAAAUCUAUAUUUGUGGAGAAUUGUGCUUGCAAAACUUAUCAACAGCAGAUAGAGACACUGGAAAAAGAAAAGGCUGAUAUCACCAUUAUUUGCGAAGAACUGCAGGAAAAGGUGAAUUGUACCCUAAAUGGUUCCUUUAAUAUGCUUAUGAAUACCACUGCUCCUGGUGUUGAGGUAAAAGCUUUAACCGAAGAUAAACUCAAUGAGUUGGAGCAAUUAAAGCGAAGAGAACAAGAACUGUUGGAAUCGUUUGAUUCACAAACCAAAACUCUAGAAGAACUAACACAGCGUUAUCUUGAUAUGGAGGCUGAUUUGGAAACGGCACGAGAACAGCUAGAAACACAAGAAAAGGAAUUUAAGGAAAAAAACAAUCAAUUGCAGUUGGAAAUUUUGCAAAAAUUGGAACUAAGUGCCAGCGAGUACAGAGACAAUAUGAAAAAGUACAACAAAGAAUGGGAGGAGAGAAAAGAGGAAUAUGAAGAAACCAUUAAAAGUUUACGACAACAAGUAGAAGAUCUAAAACAGCAAACAAUUGCAACUCCAGAGAAAUUGAAACAAGAAAUUAAACAGGAAAAUGUAGUGGAUAUUGAAAACAAUGAAACAGUUAAAGAAAAUCUCGAAAAUGUAUGUGAUAAAGUCGAAGAUAGAGAAGAACAACUGGUAGAGGAAGCACAAGAAGAUGUAGAAAUGCCUGAAGAUAUAGAAACUAUUAAACAAGAUAGAACAAGACUGGAGGAAGAAAAACAAAAUCUUCAGCAGCAACUAAGCACUGUAGAAAUGCAACUGGAGAAUCUAAAAGAAGAAAAUCGUACUCAAUACGAAGAAAUUGCACUUUUAGAUUCAAAAAUCGAAUCCUUAGAAGAACUUCUAAAUGAUGCCAAACAUUUGCAUGAAACUGUGGCCAGAGAAAAUGCUUCCUUAGAAACUCAAAUAAAAGAUCUCGAGGAAGAUCUUAAUUGUAUACCUCAACUGCAUGAUAAAAAUCAACAGUUAAAUGAUAAAAUGGAAAAACUUAAUGGGGAAUAUACAGAACUUCAAGACAAACUCCAAAAGGCUGAAUUGCAAAUACAAGAAUUCUGCAAAGAAGAUGCCAAACGUGAAGAACAAAUACAAACAUUACAAAGUAAACUGAAUCAUUUGGCAGCUUUGGAGGAAGAAAAAUUGAAUUUGACUAAAGAUUUCGAAAACCUAAAACAGGAGUAUUCACAAAUACAAGCUAAACUUCUUAAGGCUGAAGAGCAAAUACAAGAAUUCUGUAGUGAAGAUACAAAUCGAGAAGAGUUAAUACAGUCCUUACAGAACAAACUCGCCCACAUGACAUCAGUGGAGGAGGAAAAGAAGUCUCUUGAAAAUGAGUGCUCUCAGUUAAAAGAAACCUUGAGGCAAUUGCAGGAAAAAGAAACUGAAACACUUAAAGAAAUUGAAACUCUUAAAGAGCGAGAAGCUGCAAUCAAUGAAAACUUGUCUGAAUUGGUUAAGUCCCAAUCGGAAUUGCAAAUCGAAAAGUGUACCCUGGAAGAGAAACUCCAGCAGGUUUCGAGUGACUAUAAUUUACUUAAAACUGAUCAAGUACAGCAGAAAUCCCAGCUAAGUGAACUAGCAGAAGAAAGAAAAUCUCUAAACGAACAAUGUUUGCUGCUGCAAGAGGAGAAAACUACCCUAGAGGAACAAUUAAAAUGUCUCAAAGAAAAAGAAAAGGCUGAAGAGUUAUUAGAACAAAUGAUUAAGGAAAAAGCUGAACUUAUACAGAAUCUACGAUUGACCACCGAAAAGUUGGAAAUUGCCCAAAAUCAACUAGAAGAAAAAGUAAUAGAAAAUACUCAAAAGCAACAAGAUCUUCAAUACCACAAAGAUACUCUUUCGAAGUGCAUCGAAGAAAAACAACAGCAAUUAGAAGAGACUGAAAGAAAUUUAGAAAAAUCCAAACAAGAUAAUGUUAAUCUUCACCAAGAACUACAAUCCCUUAAGGAAAUUUUAUGCCAGGUCAACGAAGAGAAACAAGAGCAACAAAUGGAAAUGGAGAAACACAAACAUGAGAGUCUGCAGCUUAAAGAAGACUUGGUUGCACUUAAAGAGCAGCUCACAAAAAUACAACAAGAAAAGCAAGAACAGCAGCUUAAUUUGGAAAAAGCUCAGCAGCAACACAAUAAUUUGCAACAAGAACUAGAGACUUUCAAACUUGCUCUAUCGAAGGCCAUGGAAGAAAAGCAGCAACAGUUUAAUAAUCUAGAAAAUAACUAUCAAACCUCGCAGCAACAAAAUCAACAAUUGCAACAAAACAUUCAAGAUUUACAAGUUGCUUUAAGCAGUUCCAAAGAAGAGCAACAACAGCAAUUGAAUGAAAACACCCAACUACAAAAUGAGCUUCAGAGCACUAAACAAUCCUUGGCUAAACUUCAGGAAGAGCAACAAAAUCUACAAGAAAAACUUUUAAAUUAUCAAAAGCUAAACGAUGAUAAAAACAAAUUAGAAGCUACACUUAAUAUAUUAAAAUCAGCUCAAUCUGGUGCUCUCAAUAGUCUACAAGAAGAAAGAGAUCAACUACAGCUUACUCUCCAGCAAUACGAACAACAAAAUAAACAAUACAAAGAGAAAGAAGAAACUCUUCAAGGAAAAAUCGAAACACUACAUCAACAAUUACACGAAGUACGCAGCAAAGCACAGUCAUAUGAAAAACUUCUACAGGAACAUGAAGAAGUAGAAAUAGCUCUCACCUCUACAACUGCAACAAAUCAAAAACUUCAACAGGAAAUUCAACAACUGACCUCACAACAAGAAACUUAUGUCUCAACGAUCGAGAAUCUAUCGUGCGAAAUUGAAAAACUCAAUUUACAACUUGAUAAACAUCUCAACGAAAAAGAAAUGUUGCAAACGAAAUUAUCACACUUGAAUCAAACACUUCAAGGUGAACAAUCUUCUUUGCAACGUAACAAUCAGGAGCUUAAGAGUUCUUUGGAUGAGCUUAAACUCAAGUAUGAGUCCCUGCAAAGCACAAAUACUCAAAUGGAACAACUCAAUCAACAACUGGUAGAACAACUUAAAGGGUUGCAGGAGAAAUUAAUCCGAUUUAAUGGCGUGCAAGAAGAGCUCAACUUGCUUAAAGUUCAGCAUAGCGAAUUACAGCUUAAGAUGAAGGAAACCGUAGAAGAAGCUGGUCGUUGUAGUUUGACUUUGCGUGAUAAGGUUGAACAUCAUAAGCAGUUGUUGCAGAAACAAGCAGAAAGCUUUAAUCUGCUUAAAGUUGAGAUGGAAACUCAGCAACAAACUUUAACCGAUGAAAAUCAUAAACUUUCCCAAAACAUUGAAACGCUGCAAAGUGAAAAACUUGCGUUGGAAGACAAACUUAGAGAAAUAACUGUACGAAAUUUCGAACAAGAUUUGCAACGUCAAGCAAUUGAUGCAACAGCAAAUACAUCAAUGGAUUCGAAUACAUCAUACUCUCCCAAAGGACGUAGAAGUCUAGAACGUAUGGGUGGUGUUAUGGGCAGUGACUUUAAGGCCAACGUAAGUAUAGAGGAAAAGCUAAGUGCCAUGCAGCAAAAGAAUUCAACAACAGCAGAGAGAAAAAAUCGUCGUAUAAGCACACAUGACGAGCGAAGAAGACAAUCAUAUUGGGGAGCUGCGCAUGAUAAAGAAACUAUGACAGAACCAGUAGAUACCAGCUGCAAUUGCAUUGAGCUCGAUCGCAAACUUAAAGAGUGUGAACGUAAUCUUUUCAUUAAAAACAGUCAAGUUACAGCUUUAAGUAUGGAAUUGAAAAAUCAUCCUUUGAAAGAUGAAAAUGCUGCAUUAAUGAAACGUUUUCAAGAGGAACAAGAUAAACAUCGCAUCGAAAUUAAACGUUAUAAAAAUAAACUAUACGAACAAACCGCCAAAGCUGAAAAAGCUAUUGCAGCAGCUGCUCAUGCUACAGCCAAGUCACAACAUGUGGCAGCAAAUGCUGCCUUGGCAGCUGAACAACAAACCAGCACUCCAGUCUUACCGAAGGUAGUGGCCGAUGUUGAAAUACAAACGGAUGAUGAUCUUAGUAAUUCUAUACAAAAGUUACAGGGCAAAUAUAAUGAUUUGAAAAAUAUUUGUCGUUAUCGUUACAAUGUCAUCAAAGAGCUGGAAGAAAAGGUGGCACAAAAAGAAAAUUCCGAUGGUAAUUCUUUGUCGGCACUAGAUGCUGCUCAAUAUAAAGUAUUAAAUAAUCAAUGCGAGUCGUUGAAGAAGGAACUUAAAACUGUUAAGGAAAAAUAUGAAAAUGCUAAAAAAGUAUUACAUUCACGUCGUGAAGAAAUCAUGAAAUUGCGUACUGAAUUGGAAAAAUCACAAUAAAUAGGCAGUUAGUUUGCUCUCCUAUCUCUCUCUCACUCUCUCUUUAUUUGCCAUUAUCUAGUACUUAAUUUAAAAAAUAUUUUCAUCUGUGUAUGAAAGAAAGUUUUUCACAUUUCAUUAAAGAAAUGUUGAGCCUUGCUUUUGUUUUUUUAAUAUUAUAUAUUAUAUUUAAUUUAAUUAUUUAUUUAGUUUAGUGUAUGUUUUUUUUUAAAUAAUGUAGUUCUUAGUUUCUAUAAAACUAACUUUUCUUGUGCUUUUUUUUCUUAUAUAAACAAAAACAAAGAAAAAAUAAUUGAAAAUAAUUUUUAAUUUAUUGUGGUUUUAUGUUGAUCCUUAUUAUAUUUUGCACUUACUUGAAAAUAGGCACACUUUUGUUUGUUUUGUGUUAAGUUUUUUUUCGUUAUUAUUAAUUGUAUUAUAUUUAGAAAUUGCAUUUAUAAUUAACGUUAAUCUAUCGUCUCCAUCCGCCCUACUCUCACUCUUUCAUCUCUAGAAUUAAAUUCAUUUGUAUUGAUUUUUUUCUCCUCUGUUUCAACUGUUUUUUUAAUGUAAUUUAUGCUGUUAGAAUAACUGUUAUUUUAAAAAUAAAAAAUAAAAUUUAAUAUUUAAUUUAUCUAUUUUAUAAUA